AUGAGACCAAUAAAUAUUUCAGAGUGCGCAUUGGCGGACGACCUGUUAUUGUGCGCUUAUACCACAAAAGACUUACAAGAUAACCUUAAAAUCUGGAUACAGGAAUUGUCGAAGAGAGGUUUGAAUAUUAACGUAUCUAAAACAAAAGUGAUGACGACAGCAGAGGGGAAUGGAAUGAAUAUAGUUACCAAGGGCGCACAUAUAAAACAAGUCGAAGCUUCCAAAUAUCAAGGCGAUGCAACAAUGGAAGAGGUAAUCAACGAAAGAUUUAAUGAACGCAUGUAG